UUCACACAGGGCUGAUACCUUUUGCCUCCCCCUUUCCUUUGUAUCAAUUGGUCGGAGUUCAGCCUAUUGUCGCCACAAGCUUCUUUUAUAUCUGCGCUCAGUCUGAGCACAGGCUCUCAGUCUGAUCCGCAGGAGGGAUUUCCAGCAGCAGUCAGAGGCGAGGAGCGGAUCCUACCUCCGGGGGCGGCUGUGCUGUCAGCGGUGUCUCGGAUGUGCGCGAGGCUGGAGCUCUCGAGCGUUGGGGCCCCGACACUUUAAUGGGACCCCGAGAGCCGGGCGGGAGUUCUCCUUUUUUUCGCCACAAUCGUCGCUCCACGGCCAUGCCACAAUGCUGAUGAUACCUCUGCUGGUGUUGCUUAGCCUGUUGGAUCCCGUUAGUCCCCGGGCUCGCUGCGCCCCGGGACAGGCUUGCGACCCCCGGCAGCGGAGGGAUGCCGGGGGCCGCGGAGGAGUUUACGAGCACCUCGGAGGAGCGCCGAGACGCAGGAAACUCUACUGCGCUACUAAAUAUCAUUUACAAAUCCAUCCUAAUGGGAAAAUAGACGGAUCACUGGAGGAAAACAACCCGUUUAGCAUCAUGGAAAUCACAGCGGUGGAUGUGGGUGUCGUGGCCAUAAAAGGGCUUUUCUCUGGCAGAUAUCUGGCCAUGAACGAUAAAGGCCGGCUGUACGCCUCGGAAGUGUUCAACAAAGAGUGUGAGUUUGUGGAGCGGAUCCAUGAGUUGGGGUACAACACCUACGCGUCCCGCCACCACUCCACCGAGCAGCCGCUGCCACCAGGGGGAGGCAGCAGCAGCAAGCGGCGGGCCAGCGCCAAGCGCCAGUGGUACGUUUCCAUUAAUGGCAAAGGCCGGCCACGACGAGGCUUUAAGACUCGCAGCACUGACAAAGCCUCGCUUUUCCUGCCUCGGGUGCUGGGCAACAAGGACCAUGAGAUGGUGAGGCGUCUGAGAGACAGUCAGAGCAUGCACCACCAUACGCAUCACCACGGGGGGCGAGGGGAUCGUCGCAGACGCCGGCAUCGCACCAGGAAAGGCCGGCGCCAACGGCAAGAUGACUGAGCAGACUUUUUGAGGGAGGAGCUGACCCCGUGGCCCAACCAAACAUGGACCCCUGAUCUCGGCACAUACUGUAGCUCGAUGGCAGUCGAGGAUACGAAAAAUGAAUCUGGAUCCUGCGCUCUGGAUUAGCGGACGUUUUUGUCGUUGAUGCUCAGAGAGUAAAAAUCCAUAGAAGAAGUAAAGACAGAGGGCCACCCCACGUGUCGGGGCGCAUUUAUCAAAUCUUCCACUUUCAGGCGACUUUGUCUCUCAUACACACUCACACACACACACAUAAGCUUCUAUUUACUGAUGUUCUUCAAAAUGCUACUGUCGUGUAAACAAAUGUAUUAAUAUAGUUGAAAACUUCCAUCUUAAUUUGUAAAAAGUUUUGUACAAGAAAUCAUCUUCAACUUCACACACCUUCUGAAAGCAGAUCUAUUGUUGUAAAUACAGUAUGCACUAUGCAUGUACAGCGACUUCUCAUUUGUCAAAAGCUGAAAUGACAAACAGUAUAUCAUACAAUAUUUUGCUAAUUUGAAGUGCUAACAAAUACGACGGAUAGUGAAGAGAGGACUUUUAAUCAGCAAAGCACUUUUUGUCAGAUUCACAUGAAGAGGGAAACUCAGUGUGAGACGGGCUCCGCUCUGUUUUUUUGUUACAAUGUGAUAGUCUACUGUCUGUAAGCUGAAAGAUGUUCUUUGUAUAUUUUUACUAAUGAUAUGAAUAUUUAUUUGGUGCCUGUGUUAUAAGUUAUUGAUAAUACUAUUUCUGCAUUUUACCAAUGUUGCUGUUUGUCUCAUAGUUCUCACUCACCAGCUGGUUCCAACAUAAAAACACAAUGGUACUGACCCCUGAGGAAACA